UGCGGUCACAUGACUUGCCAGCAGGCUGAGGCUGACAGACAGAGCUGUUCGGUGAAUCCUCCGUGUCGGUCAUGGUUUCGCUCCUGUGCUGCGGGCCCAAGAUGGCGGCGUGCGGGAUCGUCCUCAGCGUGUGGGGGGUCAUCAUGCUGGUGCUGUUGGGAAUUUUCUUUAACGUUCAUUCGGCGGUUCUGAUUGAGGAUGUCCCAUUCGUUGAGGCCGAUCUGUUUAAUGACACUAAGCCUCCGACCAAAAUAUACGCCCUCUACGAGCAGGUCUCGUAUAACUGUUUCAUUGCUGCUGCAAUCUACGUUCUCCUCGGCGGCUUUUCCUUCUGCCAAGUGCGGCUCAACAAGAGGAAAGAGUACAUGGUGCGCUGAGGCGAGUGUUCGGCUGCUGUGGCGUCCUAUUCUGAGAACAGUCCUGCCCUGUAACCCCCCUUUCUCCCCAUGGCCCAUCAUCCCACUGUCAGGACUUGGAAGCACAGACUUGUGACGAUACUACACACACAUCCUUUAUCAGGCUCCAACUUCAUGACCCUCAAUUCAACCCAACAGCUGCCCCCCUGCCCAAUACCCACAGUGCAUUGUAGUCAGUUCAUUCCAGCAAUAAGUAGUAUUUUUGUUGGCGGAGAGUACAGGAACACAACUGCUAGGGUCCAGCCUGGCCACACUGUCCAAUGGAACCUUCCAAGUGGUGAAGAUCAUCUCUCGCCUUGUUUCUGGAACCACUGACCAUCAACCAGAGAAGAUAUCUAAAGAGCUCACAAUCUCCAUCUCAACGAUUUAAUUUAAUGAGUUGGGUCAAUGAAAUCAUUUCCUUCGUGAUUACGCCUGUACCUUGAUAUAUAUGUAUAUUUGUGAUACACUGGGACCAGCCUGAACGUUUCUGCUAGAGCGUUCCUCAAAGCUUCCGCUACCUGCCCAAACACUCCUCCACGUUCUCAGAUGUGGUCUUAUUUAUGAUGUAAAUGUUUAAUAAAGUAACGAGUUGUGUGA